CCCUCUCUUGCUGGAUUCCCUUGAGCGGCACACAUAAUGAAAGAUUGAUCGCAUUUCCGUCAAUGAUUAGUCCCUCUACGCGCUGGCCUCAACUUUCAACCUCUAAUUAUAGCAAUUCGGCUUCCCAGGCUUUCAUCUAUCAUAUGCACGACGAGUUCUGAAACAGUCCAUCAUGACGAUAGACAGCGAAGCGCUUAGGCUGUUUAGAACGCGAUAAUAUUUAAGGGCACCCGUUCACUGCUCCAAGCCCAUCCUUUGACAAACUUCCGCGAAACAGAUCCUCCUCGCCUUUCCUUAAACUUGUUAUUCCACCUUUUACUGCUUGGGACUCUCCGACACAUGGUUUGAAGAAUGACAAACUUUCAUCCCCUCAAUUUUAUACCAAAGCACCGCCAGACCCAGAUUCUGGAGUCACCAGUGCAGUCUCUGAUUGCUGUGCCACACAGCAAAAAGGCUAACACAAAUCAUUGGUGUCUCUACCUCUUGACAUCCGACCGGAGCUCUGUCAGAAUCGAUUGCCAGCCUAGCUACUCCGUCCCAAGUACCAUUCUCCCUGGAGGCUCCAAAGCCUAUGUAAUCAUCUCUGAGCUGUCAUAUACUGUGUCCAAGGAUGCUCAAGCACAAUUUCUUCUUGGAGUCGCCCCCGGCCUGAAGGUCAGGCAUUUUUACGAUUUGCUGAUCGAGAAUGGACGGCACAAAUACGAAUUCGAUUCAAACGGAGUUGGUUGCAGAUUUUGGACGACGGAUCAGAUCAAUCUGCUACACCAGCAUCGGCUUAUCACGGACACGGCACAAGUUACAGUUGCAAAGAACGGGAUUCUUAAACUGUGGCCUGAUCAGACACCCCUCGAACUCGACCGGGGAGCCUACUACUAGUGCGGAUGUCAGCAGGCAGAUGUCUGCUUUGUUGUUCCUUGGGUUAUCAGGUCACCUAGCUUGCGAGGAACAAAUGCGGGCAAGGCAGCAUCUUACGCAUUCUGGCCAGUUUGGGGAUCUCGGACCCGAGCCCAACUCCUGUUCAGAUCCACAAUACCGUUGAAGAUUCGUUUUAUAUGCCGUGCUAUUUUCUGUGUCUUCUUUUUCGAGUAUCUUGUCCUGUUUUGUUACGUUUCUACUUGCUGUUAGAAAGAUAAUCCAUCAACUUAUGGCUUUGAG